AUGACCAUAGAAACAGCCUACCGGGAGGACGACUCUGCUUCGAUCAGCAGCGAGGGUCCUGCUGAGGGAUGCGAAGACGAUCGUUGCGGUGGCGCUCAACCACCAAUUUGGCAUUGCGUGGACUGCGAUAGCUCGUAUUGUAGCGACUGCUGGCCUCGUCAAGGACCUCAUCGUCCGAAGAAGAAAGGUCGAGAUGGUAUGGUCCACCAAAAGGAAAACCCUUUUGUCGUCCGACGACUCAAAGCUAUUCUCAACCCAACUAGGAAGGCCGAGGAGAUCCAAAAAUUGCACGAGCAGGAUGCCUCAACGAAAUGGUUCGGUGUGGCUCGGGAUCUCACUGGAAGACCGAAUUUCGAGGAUUAUGGCCGCUAUGCCUCGCUGAUGUCCACCAUAUCGCCCAUCGGCGAAAACGGCAUGACCAACCGUUACCCGCAGCUCGUUUCCUUCAUCGGCGUAACCAAUGCUGGCAAAUCAACACUGAUCAAGAUGCUGGUCAAUCAUGAUGCUGAUAGUGUCAGUCUGGAAAACCGAGCGUUAUUCCCGUCACCCGUUGUUGGUAGCGUUGUCAAUGAUACGCUACCCACGUCAGGAGACGUUCAUUUGUAUGCCGAUCCGGCUACACAUGCAGAGCAGCUGCCGAUCCUGUACGCCGACUGCGAAGGUUUUGAGGGCGGCGAAAGGACACCACUUGGAGCCCGAGCAAGACGACGAGCUCGAUCAGAUCCUUCCAGUGAGAGUUCGGAGCGGCCCGGGAAUGUGUACUCGAGAUCGAUAGAGUGGGCGAACACUGAAGAACAGCGACAGAGGGAGUACGCCGUGACGGCAUUGUAUCCGAGGUUACUUUACACAUUCUCCGAUUGUGUAGUCUUUGUUUUGCGAAAUGCUAAGACUUUCCAGUCCGCUGUACUCACAAAGCUACUCGACUGGGGUGUGGCUGCGCUUGAGAAGUCAAUCAAUCAGCCAGCUCUACCUCACUGUAUAGUCGCGCUUAAUGGUACCGAUCCUUCAGUGGAUGAGCGUGAGUGGGACGUCGACUAUGCUACACAGAGCCUGCUAUCCUCUGUGAGAGGUGCCCUGGACUAUGUCGAGGGUGUUCCUCGAUUUCGAGAGCUCGCUGAGUACUGGAGAUCUCUUGGCAAGCACAUUUACACAGUGGAGGAUUUGAUCUUGCGGUACUAUAGCUCAUUCAAGGUCGUUCGAAUACCUAGCAAGCCUCGAUACAUGACUAUCAACGAGCAGAUUGGCAAGCUCCAUCAGAUUAUCAAGACGAACUGCGAGGAUUCUUUCCGGACGAAGCGACGGGCAAGGAUGUUGACGAAUGCCGAUGAGCUGAAUGUCUAUCUUCAAAGCGGGUUUGACCAUUUCACGACACAUCUGAAUGUCCCCUUCAACUUCAUGCAAAUAUCACUCUUGCGAAAUCCAAUCACUAACGACUUCGGAGGCCACAUACUCCAGCUAUGCACCACGAUCAGCUCUCAGCAGACCAAACACCAGCCCGGCAAAGUUGCAGUCAUGUUUGAAAGGCUGAGCGUAAUGCUAGCAUCUUGCGUAUUGCUGGACUGUGCACGCUUCCGGAAAGGUCGCGUGGAUGAGCUGUUUGGCAAUUACGAGAAGUUCUUCGAUUAUGCCAUGUCGGAGUUUCUGGAGCUGCACUAUCCUUGCUCGUAUGUGAGCGCGGACGGGAGAAGGAAGUGUGUGCUUGUCAAAGCCCGACAUCAACCUAAGGGCCAUCAGGACAAUGAAGGUAUCAUUGCCGCUGGUGAUUAUGAGGCGGCAUUUGAUGGUAACUUUUCGCCAACAUGGAAGACUCAACUCAGAAGUGCCAUCGAAGGUAUACACAGGGACUUCUCGUAUGAAUUGGAGCAGCUGUCCCAAGUCGAAGACACACAAGCCAUACCAGAGGAGAAGAUAGCUUUAGUGCUGCAUGAAGAGCAUCUGAACCAAUUCUUCGAGCUUGUCGGCCCAGCAUCUUCCAUCUGCAGUCAUGCGACCUGCUUCUGCUGCCUGAUGGACGUACCAGAGCACCCACUACCUUGUGGACAUGUGCUUUGCACAGCGUGUAUCAAAGCUUACGGCAAGACUGCUCAUAGCGCUGUGACACUGCCAAGCUGUCCGCUGCAUCGAGCAUCUACUAAGUGGGCGAAGCCAGCGAUUAUCAAGUUCAAGCCGCCUGGCGCAGGCGUCAGAGUUCUGUCACUGGACGGUGGUGGUAUUCGAGGAAUCGUGCAACUCGAAGUACUCCGAGCUAUCGAGCAGGCCAUAGGCGGUUUCUUGCCAGUCCAGAACUUCUUCGAUCUAAUCGUGGGGACCGGCACUGGUGGCAUGCUCGGCGCAGCGCUUGCGUAUCGUGAUCGGAAUGUCGACUCUUGCAUUGAUAUGUUCUGUGCACUUUCGAACCACGCUUUCACACCUCGUCUGAGAGGUGUGCCUAUUAUAUCGAACAUCGCGAUGGCGUUUUCAUCAGGACCAAAGUACAAAACGAAGCCACUCCACGGUGCUCUCAAGACAGCAUUCGAAGACGAUGCAGAUAUGUUUGGCUCAGCAACUCGAUUCACUUCCGGCGUGCGAGUGGCAUUGACCACGACUAGUGUCACUGGUAGGGAGACAAUGUUAAUUGCUAGCUAUCGCCGACCUGAAGAUCCGACGCCUGUGUACUCGUUUGAAAGGCCACAUGAGCCAGAUAUGGAGCUCAAGGUGUGGGAAAGUGUGGCUGCGUCAAUGGCAACACCAAGCUACUUUCGCCCCUUCAAUCAUCACGCCAAGACAUAUCUUGAUGGUGGCUUGCGCUGCCCCAACCCAUCCUUCAUUGCGGACCGAGAACGGCGACUCAUAUGGCCUGAUGUAGACGAGCCGGACUUGUUUUUGUCUUUGGGCACCGGACAAAACAGAAUAUCUGUGCUCGAGAAGUUGUCCUCCCGUCCGAAGAAUGGAACCACGACCACACUUAUACCACAGCCUGGGCAGACAGCACUUGAAGCCCGCAAAGCGUCAAGAUGGCGAUCCAAGCGUGUGGACGAUGUUCUCGAUGCGGAGAUCGCGUGGGUGGAUUUCCGCAACUACGCCGUACGAGAACGUUCCGAAGCCAAAGGCCGCCGUUUUAUCCGCUUCAAUCCGGAUCUAGACCGAGAGCCACCAGCACAAGACAGCAGGAACGACAUCGAGGCAUUGCAAGUCAACGUUCGAAGACGACUUCACACGCCUCACAGGAUGGCAGCCCUGCGAAACGUCGCCCAUCGACUAGUCGCCUCCUCGUUCUACCUGGAACUUCAGUCGAAGAAUCUCGCAGAAAAGAGCGAACAGAUCUGCAUAGGCGCAAUCAAGUGUCGAUUCGAUGACGGCAGCAUGGAGAUGUGUGCCCUUGGCAGAAUCCUGGAACAGCGAAGAGUUGAUGGCUUUGAGCCGUAUUUCAUGAUCAGGCCGAUCAACGAAUCGGUGCACGACUCAUUCAUGGUACCGCUGACCAUUGAUGUGAUUCGCGGUAUGACGGACUCUGCGGUCUUCGGCCUGCCGAACAUACACAUACCGCUCCGAAAUGCUUCAAGACAAACCGCCAUCACGCUGUUCCUUACGGCUCAUGAUGGCCUUGAACCGGAUGGCUUCCCAAUAAGCGGCUUUCCUCGUGUACUCCUCGGGGAGCCUGCGAAUGCACCGGCAAAGAGACAACCACGACAGAGUUUGGACCAGUCACGAAAUCAUCGCCGGGCUAAGACGAUCGGUGACGAAGACGCUAUAUCUCUCAACGGUCCCUUUCCAGGAGGCUACGGGCGAGGAGAUCACAGCGAGGACUCCUGGCAAGAGACACAAGCCAAGAUGUCACCAGACAUGAGCCAAGAUGGCAGACUCAAGAUGUCCUUGGCCGACCUGAUCACACAGCACCAAAACACUGGCAGCAGCAUAAAGCAGCGAACCAAUCGAUUCUGGACCUACAUCGGCAACAACCACAUGGCCACGCAUCCAGAAAUGUACACAGCGGACGAACUAGCCAAAUAUGCCGGCAACAUGUCUGCGCGGCCUGCAGAACUGGACAACUCGACAAGUACCAGCUCCAUCACCCAAAACGCUGCUGAUCCAUCCCAAGCGCUCAGUCCAGCCAUGACAGAUCACAGCUUCUAUUCGACCGAGAGCGAGCCCCAGCAACAACGAGAUUCCCACCAGCAGCAGAAAGUCGAAGUCCAUGAACUCGAAGCACGGAUCCGCGACCACACGACCCAGGCAGCUCAGACGAACGAACAACCGAAAGAUUCAGCAAAGCAUCCGGAACGAUUCGGUAGCAGAGACUAUCCACAAUACACCUAUACCGCGCCACUUCCCACACGCGACCAUCGUCACGCCUUCAACCAAGCUACCCAGCACUCUGGAACUUUCUUGGUGGAACCGAGCCAAGACGAAGACGAUGGAAGCCAUUCGGCUUACAGUGGACAAGAAACAGAAGUCCAUGUCGCAGCCGCUAGAACUGUCGUUCAGGUCCCACCACCUUAUCCUGCUCAUGAUCGCGGCUUCGGACAUAGCCCGCUCGAGACAGCUAUUGAGACUAGUUUGCCCGAUUCGCAGACUGUCUCGCAGCUUGACAAAUGGUUGCAGGCGCAGCGGAGCACAGGGACUUUGCAGCGCAAGGCUGGCAGAUUACGCAUGGUGACAGAGGAGGAGGAGAGCUGA